ACAUAAUUAAUAAAGUAAAUUAACUGUUGAAUCACAAGCUCACCUAUAGUGAAACAUUGCAAUAUACAGUUAGUUUUGCUUUGAACAGAGAAUCAGUAAGAUCGUAAAACUUUGUGAAAUAUAAAAUUUAUGCAUAAAAAAUUGUAUAUUGUACAAAUUUGACACCAGGAUAUUUCGUCCGAUACCAAUGGCAACCGUUGAAAGUUUUCGGCAGCUAUUACAACCACUAAUCUUCUACUCUAAGGGUGUAGGAGUAGAAAUAUGGACUGCUCCUGGAAAAUUUGUACCAGCAUCUUACUAUCUUUCGUUACAUGUGGCCAUAUACUUCUCUAGCACGGUAUUCACUUUGAUUAAGUAUAGCGACGAUACGUUGCACAUGAUGAAGGCUCUAAUUACGCUGGGCACUUGUGUACAGCUGUACGUCAAGUUCAUCAUCGGACAUAAGAAGGCAAGUGAGCUCAAGUUACUUAGCGAUAACAUUGAGCAGGCUAUCCUGCAGCGCUAUGAAAAUGGAAAAGCAGAGGAAAUUGCCGUACUGCAACGUACUGGCCGUAUACUUUGGUUUAUUUUUCGUUUCAUGCGCACAUCGGUUAGUAGCGCUGCAUUUGGAUUCUUUUUAUAUCCAGUUAUUGCUUACUAUACGACCGGGGAACUGAUGCCUUUGUUCAUGAUCGAGCUUCCCUAUUACGGUUGGACAACUACCAUAGGACUAGCGAUGAACAUGUUUUGUCAAGCGAAUAUAUUGGUGAUUGGAACGAUGGGAGCUAUAAUGUCCGACUUUAUAUUCUUCAUGUACGCGAUGUAUGCAAUGACAUGCAUUGAUAUUUUUAUUGUGCACCUAUGUGAGCUAGAGACGCUGCUAAAAGAGAUUCAUAUUCAUGAAAAGGACUGUGCAAAACAAACAUCAAUAAUGCGGCAAAAAUGGAUUCAGUGCAUGCAAGAUCACCAACAAGCUACUAGCUUUCUAAAUACGACUGAAGACAUUUUCGGAAUAACGUGUUUAGCACAAGUGCUUAUGGGAAUAUUCACGGUCUGUGAUGGAAUGCUACUGGUAGCUUUGACAUUUUGGUUUCCUACCUAUUGUUUUCUGUUGGUGAUGUUUGUCGAGCUUUCAAUUUACUUUGUGAUUGGACAUUUUGUAGAACUGAAGAUCGAUGAAAUGUACAACAGUAUCAUCUCGAUGCCGUGGUAUAAACUACCAGUGGAGGAACAGAAGGAAUUCGCCUUUCUGAUGUGCAGACAGCAACGUCCCAUGAUGUUAACAGCUUAUGGGUUUCUCACCAUGAACUUCGAGUCAUACAUGAGUGUAAUGUUUUAUAUUGUUUUAAUUCAAAUGGAUGAAUAUAGUAGUUGUUACUUUGCAGGUAUUGAAGGGUCUGUAUCAAUUUUUUGUGAUGAUCAUGCAGUACGUUGAAUAAAGAAGACACCAGUAUGAUCAUUCUGCUGCGCUACAAUACAUCAA